CUUUUGGUGUGCUAGGUUUACAUAAGUAAAUCUGAUAAUUUCUAAAUGGAAUUCAAUAAAGAUGAGGCCACUAGGCUUAAAGCUAUUGCAGAGAAGAAACUAAAAGAGGAGGACAUUGCUGGGGCCAAAAUAUAUGCUUUAAAGGCGGACAAUCUAUUUCCUUCACUAGAUGAUCUCCCUCAGCUCCUCAAUGUCAUUAAUUUCUAUGAUGGCUAUGAGAAGAAAAUAAAUGGAGAAGUAAACUGGUAUGGGAUUCUUCGUGUGGACCCCUUGGCUGACAUGGACACCUUGCGUAAAGCACACAAAAGAAUAGCUGUGGCUCUACACCCUGAUAAAAACAAGUCCUUUGGGGCUGAAGAAGCAUUCAAACUUCUUUCUCAAGCACAAAGUGUGCUGUUUUAUAGGGGAAACAAACUAGUGUAUGAUAUGAAGCUAAAUUUCAGAGCUCACCAGAGGGUUUCAGUUGGAAAUCCUCCAUUUCCAGCGGAUAAAUGUAGUUUUGGGAAUUUCACUGGCUGCUCCAGAUCUGCAACAAAUUUGACAGCUUCUGGCAAGGCCCAGAAUGUGCCAAUGUGCCCAAGGAAUCCGGCCACCACCACAGGUUCACAUUACCAUCCUCCUCCACUCUGGCCAAGGAAUCAGUCAACUGCCUUUGGUGGCCAACACAUUCCCACUCUUCAAAUGACUCCAGAAACAGCCACCUGUUCUCAGUAUGUUCUUGCUCCACCAUGGCCAAGGGAUCCAACUGCUGCCAGUGCUUCCUGGCACAUGACUCCAGAGGCAGCCGCUAUUUUUUAUCAUGUUCACGUUCAUAAUCAUCAAAAUCCUCCUACAAUUGCCACCAGUUUUCAGGGCUUUCCCACCCCAUUUAUUCCAGAGAACAAGACACCCACCAGGCAUCAUCAGCACUCUCCUUUCAGCAAUUCUCUGCUGAUCCCAAGUCCUCCUGCAUCAAGACCUGAAACUUUUUGGACGUUAUGUAAUAAGUGCCAGAUGCUAUAUGAGUUCCUGAAGAUUUAUCUUGACCAAACUCUAUUGUGCCCCUACUGUCGAGAACCCUUUUUGGCGAAAGAGGAGUCUGCUCCUGCUGCUGGAAGCAUUCGCGGUUUACUUUUUCCUUGGUCCUUCCACCAUCAGAAGCCAGGUUCAUCAGCUGCAGCAGGGGGUUCCAAAAGUGCGACAGCUUUAGCUACGGGAACUACUAAAACUGCACAGAGGGUCCAGUCAGCUGGUGUGAGUCUCAAGAGAGGGCGCAAAGAGGCAGCAGCCCAUACAAUUUCAUUUGGAAAUCUGAAGGGCAGUUUUGGAGCCGAAAGAGUUACUUUAGCUAGUGACCAGUCAACAAGCAUAAAGGAGUCGUCUCAAUCUGAACUUCGUAUCAUGCUGAUGGGAAAGGCCAAGAGAGAAAUCCGUGAGAAGCUAAAACAGUGGAACCUUGCUCCUGAAUUAGAAUCUACUAAUAAGAAGGGAAUAAACAUGGAAAAGGAGAAGCCAUCAGCUAUUAAAGAUCUGAAGAAUAAUAAAAAUAAAGGUGAGCCUCAAGAUUCUUCCAUUUGUGAUGGCACUGAUGUGCUAAAUGCAAGUGUUAAAGAAACCGUGUUGAUGAGUGUGCCAGAUGCAAAUUUUUGCAAUUUUGACAAGGACAGAGUAGAGGCAUCUUUUUCAAAAAAACAAGUAUGGGCUCUGUAUGAUGAUGAUGAUGGCAUGCCACGUUACUAUGCACUGAUCCAUGGUGUGAUGUCUAGGAAUCCAUUCAAGAUGCAGAUUAGUUGGCUGAACUCAAACAGCACUGCUGAAUUUGGCCCCCUCAACUGGUUAUCUUCUGGCUUUGUCAAAACAAGCGGUUAUUUCAGAGUUGGAAAACCUGAAGUUAAUAAGAGCUUAAGAUCUUUCUCGCAUCAGGUUAAGUGGAGAAAAGCUGCUAGAGGGGCAAUAGAGAUUUAUCCAGCGAAGGGAGACGUUUGGGCUUUGUAUAGGAACUGGUCCGUGGAUUGGAAUGAACUCACCGAAGAUGAGGUGAUACAUAAAUAUGACAUGGUCGUAAUUGUUGAAGAUUACAAGGAAGACAAAGGUGUUGUCGUCUCUCCUUUGAUAAAAGUUGCUGGCUUCACAUCGGUAUUUUGCCAGCAUUUGGACUCAAUAGAAAUCCAUACAAUUCCAAGAGAGGAGAUGUUUCGAUUCUCUCAUCAGGUCCCAUCCUACAUGCUAACUGUUCGAGAAGCUCCAAAUGUUCCAAAGGAUAGCUGGGAUCUGGAUCCUGCUUCUCUCCCUAUGGAACUUCUUCAACACUUGACAGUAUCCGAGGAGACAGAUGGAAGCAGUGAGGCAAAGAAAGAAUCAAACAGAAACUGCAACUCCAAUACAGAUGGCGGAGGAGCUUCUGAAAAUGUCAAGCAUGGUUCCCCAGAACCAUUUUUCAAAUAUUCAAGAAGAGGCAAGAAAAUGAAGAUGGCCGGAGAUGCUGAUCAUGUUUAGUAGUCCUUACUCGAGCUUCCAAUCGUUUAUUUUUGUCUUACUAUAAUUAAGAUAGUUUGAAUCCGGUUUGUAUAUUUAGAAAAGAUACACAGUUGAUUAUAGCAGACAGAUACACCUUUUUCG